UUGGGAGUCGAGAAUGUGGAAAAAGUGGAGGGUGUGUCGGGCUGAAUCACCAGGAGUUCAUUGACGGUUUGAACUGAACGGAUUAGGGAAGGGGGAACACUGCGCAAGUGCUAUUGAUCGUUUUUUGUAAUUUUAAUUUAUGGGAAUUAGUGGAUUGUCGCGGAGGGAAGUGAUGAGGGUGACAUAACCAAUAUUUUAUUAUCAUUCAUUGAGAGCUGGGUAAAUAAAUAAUGCUCUUGUUGGGGAGUCAUUGGAGUCUAGGAAAUUCGCUAAUCAAUUCUGUUAGGUUUCAAUUCAACUCUUCAUCAUUUUUAUCAGCUUUUGAUGAAUUCUAUUGAACUGCUUAAAAAUGUGGGCGUACAUAGGAUAAUCAGUGAACCUGGGUGCGUCAUUGAGGCUCAUUAGGAUAAAAUGUGGCGCCUACCGCUGCUCCUCAUCCUGGCUUCUGCCGUGGCGCAGCAGCCGGACGACCCUUACACAUCCACACGCGACUCCUGGCCUCGUUACGACCAGAACGACCCCCAGAAUCCAGCAUUCGGUUACCGAAAUCCCUUCGACCGUCCGGAUCAGAGUCCAUAUGAUCGCCAGGACCAGUCCCCAGGUUUCCCCGGUUCACGUACCCCUGGCCUCCCUGACAACCUAAUUUUCAAAGAAGCAACCUACUUCGUGGUGGCCUCUCGCAUGUGCAGACCUGGUCAGAUCUACCGUGUGGCUGUGGACAUCCUCCGCACCAGUCUUCCCAUGACAGUUCGCGCGACCAUCCAGAGAAACGGAGUGGAGAUAGCUGCUGACUACAAAGACGUGAAGGAAGGCAUUCCAGAAAAUUUAAUGCUUCGGAUGCCUCCCACGUCGAUCCCAGGGGACUACAAACUCAGAGUUGAGGGGAUGUACAACGGUCUCACUGGCGGUCAAGCCUUCCUCAACGAGACCAGAUUGGACUUCACUCAGAGAUCGAUGACUAUCUUCAUUCAACUGGACAAACCUGUCUACAUGCAGGGCCAGACCGUUCGUUUCCGCGCAAUUCCAAUUAAUACGGAACUCAAAGCUUUCAAUGAUCCCGUCGACGUCUACAUGCUGGACCCCAACAGGAGGAUCAUGAGAAGGUGGCUCAGCAGGCAGAGCAACCUGGGCACAGUCUCUCUAUCCUAUCAAUUGUCCGAUCAACCGGUCUACGGGGACUGGAUCAUUCAGAUCAUCGCGCAGGGACAGGUGGAGGAGACUAAGUUUGUCGUGGAGGAGUACUAUCAGACGAGAUUCGAGGUCAAUGUCACCAUGCCUGCUUUCUUCUUCGAUACAGAUCCUUUUAUUCAUGGUAUUAUUCAGGCGAAUUACACCUCCGGAGCACCUGUCAGGGGGAACUUGACACUGAAGGCUAGUUACCGGCCGAUUGAUAAAUACAGGGCCCAGAAUUAUGUGAUGCAGGAACAAUCUUUCAAUUUUAACGAGUAUUAUCCAGCUUGGUUUAAGACUGUUGAUCGGUAUGGAUCGUCACCCGUGUUGAGAUUCUUCAAUGGAACUUACAGAUUUGAAUAUCCAAUGUCCGAUCUCCUGGCGUACUCCCCAUCACUCGACGGAAUGGAAGUAACGAUAAUUGCAACUGUUGGCGAGAGAUUCCUAGACGAAGUGGUCGUGGGCUACUCAACAGCCAGAAUCUACAACUCGAGUGUUCGUGUCCACUUCGUCGGAGGUUCACCCCAGGUGUUCAAGCCAGCAAUGGCCUUCGAUCUGCACGUCCUGGCAUCGUUCUUCGAUGGAUCGAUGCUACGGGACUCUCAGCUGUUCAACGCACAAAUGGAAAUCAAAGCGGAUAUCGAGACCAGAAACGGGAGGAGACAGCUCGACACGCAGUAUUUAAAAGCCACUGACGAGAACCCCUCGAUCUGGGAGGUGAAAAUUGACCUGAGAAAACAGUUGAAUCUUCUCGAUGAUCCCCGACGUGCCCAGCAGGAACUCAACGGCAUCACGGGGAUGAGAGUGUAUGCGAGCCUGCUAGAUGGCGAAGGCCACCGAGCACAAGCUGAACUUCGUCUUCUAGCGCAUGAAUCACCGGAGCAGAGGCACAUCAAAGUCUCGACCUCUACGAAGAGUGCCAAAGUGGGCGAGUACCUGGUUCUCCAUGUCCAAACCAACUUCUACAUUGAGACCUUCAGUUACGUGAUUUUAUCGAAGGGAUCGAUUGUUCUCAGUGGACAGGACAUCAUGGAGCACAAUAUAAGAACGUUCUCAAUUCCCUUGAGUCCAGAAAUGGCACCAGUGGUUACAGCAGUGGUCUACCACGUCGGCAGAUACGGCGACGUCGUCGCCGACUCCCUGACGGUCCCUGUUAACGGCAUCUCCCGCAACAACUUCACUGUCUUCAUCAAUAACAAGAAAGCCCGCACUGGUGAGCGCGUCGAAGUCGCCAUCUAUGGUGAACCCGGUGCGUACGUCGCCCUCUCAGGAACUGAUCGUGCUUUCUACACGAUGCAAGCAGGCAACGAGCUCACCUACGCCAAGGUAAUCUCCAAGAUGUCGCACUUUGAUGAGGAAACCAACGGAACGCACUCGCAUAGCUGGGUUUUCCACGCCGGUGAUCCAGACGAAAUUGUACACUUUCCAGCCUCCACUUUCGGAAUUGACGUUAACAGGACCUUCGAAUAUAUUGGUCUCGUCGUCUUCACUGACGCUUACGUCUACAGGAAACCCGACAUGUGCAACAGGACUCAGGGUUACGCCGAAUGCAUUUCAGGUUCAGUUCGUUGUUAUCGAUUCGAAAAAAAAUGCGACGGAAUAUUCGACUGUGAGGAUGGUACAGAUGAGGCAAGAUGCUUGAUAGGAAACGCCACCGACCUCUCGCUCUUCCGCAAGAGCCGAUUCAAUCGAAUUCAGCGGCAAUACGAGAACGUUUGGCUGUGGAAGGAUAUAAAUAUCGGUCCUCAUGGCCGUCACAUCUUCAAUAUCGAUGUUCCAAGGCGCCCGGUUCACUGGAUGGUAACAGCCUUCAGCAUGAGUCCCAGCAGAGGCUUCGGAAUGCUGCCAAGAGCUCUAGAGUACACCGGUGUCCUUCCGUUCUUCAUCAACGUGGAAAUGCCUGAUAAGAGUCGACAGGGAGAACAAAUAGGCAUUCGAGUGUCUGUAUUCAACUACAUGAAGUACAACAUUGAAGCAACGGUGGUCCUGGCGGGCUCUGACGAUUACAAAUUCGUUCACGUCGAGGAGAAUGGAAUCGUUCAAUCAUACAAUCCCAGGACGUCCUUCGGAGAACACCAGUUCUUCAUCUGGAUCCCGGCACAGGACGCUGAGAUUGUGUAUCUUCCGAUAGUUCCAGUGAGACUUGGCGACAUCAAAGUCAAGAUCUAUGCGACGACGAUCAUUGGUCGCGAUAUGGUGGAGAGGAAUCUUCAUGUCGAAGCCGAUGGUCUCCCUCAGUACAGGCAUGAGUCUAUACUUCUGGAUCUCAGUAACAGGGGAUAUCUGUUCCAGUACAUGCACGUCAAUAUCACAGAGACUCCGAUUAUCCCGUAUUCGGAGCAACGUUACUACGUCUUCGGCUCGAAUAAAGCUACGAUAUCAGUUGUCGGAGACGUCGUGGGACCAAUAUUCCCAACGAUGCCGGUCAAUGCCACUAGUUUGAUGGGACUUCCCAUGGAUUGUGCCGAGCAGAACAUGUUCAGCUUUGCUGUUAAUAUGUACACAACAUUGCACAUGAGACUGAUAAACCAACGUAAGAGAGCUGUUGAGAAAGACAGUUUCUACCACAUGAACAUAGGUUACCAGCGCCAAUUGUCCUUCAUGAAUCCAGACGGUUCAUUCAGUCUCUUCAGAAGUGACUGGAACAAUUCAUCACCAAGUGUUUGGCUUACAGCCUUCUGCGCGAGGAUUUUCCAGGAAGCGAGUUUCUACGAAUGGGAGAACUACCUUUACAUCGAUCCCGAUGUCAUUGCUCAAGCUGUUUCCUGGGUCAUUCGCCAUCAAACCGUACACGGUUCAUUCUAUGAGGUGACAUGGUUCCCAGACAGAAAAAUAAAUAGCACUCUGCAGGAUGAUGAGGGCAUCAUCAGGUCGAGAAAUAUCAGUCUAACAGCUCAUGUUUUGAUAACCUUGGAGACUGUGAAGGAUUUGACUGGUGGUCUGGGGUCACAAGUGGCUUUGGCUGCAGUUAAAGCGUCAAAAUGGCUAGAGCAGAAUCUCAACCUGUUGGAGAUUAAAGGAACCCCCUAUGAAAUCGCAAUCACAGCAUACGCGUUACUUCUUUCGAAAUCAGCAUCAGCAGAACAGGCAUUCAAUCUUCUAUCCAUGCAUGCUAGACGAGAGGGAGAGUACACUUACUGGGGAAGACGGCAUGUACCUCUACCCCCUUAUAAAAUAGAGAAUAAUAAGCCCUUCUUACUGCCCCGAUUACCAUAUGAAUACGACUCUGAGAACAUCGAGACGACAGCUUAUGCUUUGCUGGUGCAUGUGGCAAGACAAGAGGUGAUGAUAGAGCCUAUUGUCAAGUGGCUGAAUGCCCAGAGGCUGACCGAUGGUGGAUGGGCAUCAACUCAGGACACAGCCUGGGCCAUGAAGGGUCUGAUGGAUUACACUGUCAGGUCUAGGAUCAGGGAAGUGAGUUCUCUGGUGGUAAGCGUUGAAGCUACUUCAUUGCCUGGUAAAACGAAGAUUCUGAGGAUUGACGAUAGUAAUCUAGUUCAGAGACAACCCAUUGAGAUCCCUGAGGCCUGGGGAACUGUUAAAGUCGAGGCUAAGGGGGCUGGGUAUGCUAUUCUCCAGAUGACUGUUCAAUACAAUGUUGAUCAGCCACGUUUCCAGACCCAGCCACCUAUCAAAGCAUUUGAUCUCGUUGUUAAACCUGAUUUCGUGGGUAGAAACAAGUCUCAUAUUGUUUAUAAGAGCUGUCAAAGGUGGACUAAUGUUGAGGAGUCUGCUAGAUCAGGAAUGGCAGUGUUGGACGUCACUAUUCCUACGGGAUACAUGAUUCAACAGCAAACUUUGGACAGGUACACCAGGUCCAGAAUGGUGAGGAAUCUGCAGAGGGCGAGGUUCCAGUGGAGUGAGAAAAAAGUGCUGUUCUACUUUGAUUAUUUGGAUAGUGAGGAGACCUGUGUCAAUUUCACUGUUGAGAGGUGGUACCCAGUUGCCAACAUGUCAGCCUAUCUACCUGUUAGGGUUUAUGACUACUAUGCACCAGAGAGGUUCAACGAGACCAUCUUUGACGCCUUACCAACUUAUAUUCUUAAUAUCUGCGAGGUCUGUGGAAGUUCACAGUGUCCCUACUGUUCGAUUUAUAAUGCAGGGCCGAUUCUAAAAUCUUCUGGAAUUGUGCUGGUGGUCUCCCUUCUAGUGUCUGUUUUCAGGUAUUUUAGAGGGCACGAGUUUAAUAUUGGAUAGGUUAAAAGGAGAUGAACUUCAUUAGAGAUCACCGAAGGUUUAGGAAGUCUUUGGAAGACGAGAAUUCUUUUCUCUGGAGCUCAGAGAUUGUUAAUUUUAUUUAGAAGUCGACGAUGUGUUUUUAUUGUGUUUUGGGAAUUGUUUGAAUCUAUCGAUAGGUUAUGGACAAAUUGCAUACUUUAUUUCAUUGCAUAAAAUUUCUCCAAAAGUUGUUCUAUUUUCCAGAGAGCUUUAGAUGUAACGAAAAUAAGGGAUUCUAGAGAUUAUAGUAGUGUUUCCACAUACACGUUUCACAUAGGUUUUCCCAUCUCUCAUAUUUUAACAAUAAUCAUGAGAAAUUGAUUUUAUUUUAAAGCACAAAUAGUCUAAUCCUAUCAUGAUAACUCAUUAGAGAACAUACCCAUCAAAAUUUUGCAAAAUUUUUCUCAUUGACUCGAAGGUCUUAAUUCAAAUAGAACAAUUCCGAGUUUCGUUACUGAAUAAUCAUAUUUCGCCCAAAACAUACGAUUAUUUUCUAUUUUCCAUGAUAUUAUCUUUAGUGCCUUGACAAUUUACUACUAAUAUCGCCUAAUGAAUUCCCACAGAAUCUCGAUUUUGUAUAGUUCGUCAUAACCUUUUACUUCACUAGUUCUUUAAUUAAUAGAUUACCGAACAGAUAGACCGAUAAUCAUUGGAUUACAUAAUGAUAAAGAAAAGCUGGACCGCCUGUACAUAGUAGGGCAUAGUAAUUCAGUACAAUCGUUCAAAUCAAACUUCAGAGUUAUAUUUUACUAAAUAAUUGUAGUUACUGAGCUUGGCUCCUAUAUCAAAGUUUACUGAUAAGUUUUUGGUAACUAUGAACAACACUCGCACAAAGAAGUGAUGAUCUUCAGUCUGUGGUGGGGAUAUUACCUCCAAGUAAGAACUGGGUAACUGGUUGUUUCGUUAAAUCAUCCGUCCACAAUUCCCUUGGGAAUUGACUUUGUACUUUUAUAAUUGAUAAUAUAAAAAAUAUGAUUCAUAUGUAGACUUGAGAAUGUUAUAUUACAUAGAUAUGAAUGACUAUCGUUUGUUAUUAUAAAAAUGUAUGGAAUAUCAUUUUAAAAAUCACUCAAAACCGUCCACUGCAUAGCAAAACUAAAUUAUAAGUGAAUUAUUAAUUUUUGUAAUAUCUUUAUACAAAUAAAAAAAUGUCCAUUUUUCA